AUGAUUGGAGAGAGAGCUGACCCAAAGCGCAGGUCCAAAAUAUUCAUUACAAAAGAACUCCAGAGAAUUUCCAAGGCCCCAAGUGAAAACUACAGUGUAGGUCUUUUGAAUAAUAAUAUUUAUACAUGGGAGAUUCUUAUAAUUGGGCCUCGUGAGACCAUCUAUGAGAAUGCCCUCCUUAAGGCCGUAAUGGUCUUCCCCGAAACAUAUCCUGAAGAUCCCCCAACAUUCAAAUUUCUGUCAGAGAUAUGGCACCCAAACAUAGAUACAAAUGGAAACGUAUGCAUCUCCAUUCUGCACAAAUCCGGGGAUGACGAGUAUGGGUACGAAGAUGCCUCUGAGAGAUGGAUGCCCGUCCGGGAUAUCAACUCAAUUCUUCUCUCCAUUAUUCUUCUUCUUGUGGAGCCAAAUUCAGAAAGCCCAGCAAACAUUGAGGCAGCCCAGGAGUUUAUGUCCAGAAGGUCUGAGUACAACAAAAAAGUAGAAAAGCUCGUACAGAAAACAAUAGAAUAA